UUCAAGUCAACCAUCAUGAACUUCACAAGAAACACCGAAUUAUUUCUGUUCUUGAUUAUGUUAGCAAUCACACAGUCCACAUCUCAAUCUACCACCACAGGCGAUGUAAUCACCAUAACAAAAACCGCCAACGUGACCAAACCCGGGUGCCAAAGCCAGUGCGGAAACGUAACUAUUCCCUAUCCGUUUGGCAUCGGUCCAGGUUGCUUUCUAAGCGAAUGGUUCGAAAUCACAUGCAACACUAGUGUUAAUCCUCCCAGAACCCAAAGUGGAGGUCUCAUUAUCCUGGAAUUCACCGAUUACACUUUCCGAGUGGCCAACAAGGUUGCAAGCCGAUGUUACGAUCCAUUCGGAAACAUCACCGAAGACAAACCGGCUGGCGCAAGACUUGACCGGGCAUCACCCUUUUCAUUUUCACAAAAAAAUCAGUUCACUUUAAUCGGGUGUGAUGAUUUCGCCUUAUAUGUAGGCCUACCGAACUUCACCAGUGGCUGCAUAGCACUGUGUUCAAAACCCGAGGAGGUGGUAAAUGGGUCGUGUUCAGGUGUCGGGUGCUGUCAAACAUCAAUCCCAAAGGCACUCAAGUUUUACUACACUUCUGUUGCUAGUAUGACUGAUACCAACCACACUACCAUCUGGUCUUUUGAUCCUUGUACUUACUCGUUUUUUGGUGAGCAAGAACGGUUUACGUUUAAUGGGGUGUCGGAUUUUAUGGACCCCAAUUUCAGGAACCGGACUAUGGCUAGUGUUCCUAUAUUGGUUGAUUGGGUGGUUGGAAACUUGAGCUGUCGCGAGGCUAGGAAUGCUGGUGUGUUGGCUUGUCAAGCGAAUAGCUGGUGUGUUGAUUCGGAUACUGGAGUUCCAGGAUAUAGAUGCAUUUGCAAUAAUGGAUAUGAAGGUCAACCAUAUCUAGAGCCAGGUUGCCAUGACAUUAACGAAUGUGCGGAUCCUAAUAAUCUUUGUAACGGUGUUUGUACGAAUACGCCUGGAAGUUAUACGUGUAGUUGCGAAGAUGGGUACGUUGGAGAUGGCCUGAAAAACGGGCGAGGUUGUGCCAAGAAAAAGUCAGAGUUUCCUGUUAUAAAGUUGUCUCUAGGAAUGGGGUUUGGUUUCUUUGCCAUUUUAGUAGGAAUAAGGUGGCUCUAUUUUGUCAUCAAGAAGAAGAACCUCGUUAAGCUCCGAAAGAAGUUUUUUCAACAAAAUGGUGGUUUUCUACUCAAACAACGUAUCACAACCAAUGAAGGCAAUGUCGAUUCAACAAAGGUCUUCACAGCACUAGAGUUAGAGAAAGCCACCAACAAUUACGCCGAAGUCCGGAUCUUGGGUCGUGGUGGUUAUGGUACUGUAUACAAAGGCAUUCUAACAGAUCAACGAGUCGUAGCAAUCAAGAAGUCACGAGUUAUGGAUGAAACCCAAAUUGAAUUAUUCAUCAAUGAAGUGAUCAUCUUAACAAAAGUUAACCAUCGGAACGUGGUGAAGCUUUUGGGUUGUUGUUUAGAGACAGAGGUUCCAUUAUUGGUAUAUGAGUAUGUAUCUAACGGAACUCUUUAUAAUCAUAUUCAUGGAAUAGGAACCAUGACUUGGUUAUCGUGGGAGAAUCGGUUAAGAGUAGCGGCCGAAGCUGCUGGUGCACUUUCAUAUCUUCAUUCAGCUACAUCGACCCCUAUUUUCCAUAGAGAUGUGAAAUCCGCAAACAUUUUAUUAGACGAUAAUUACACCACAAAGAUCGCGGAUUUUGGGGUCGUACCCAUUGAUCAAACACAAGUUUCCACGCUCGUCCAAGGGACAUUAGGGUACUUAGAUCCUGAGUACUUUCACACGAGUCAGUUAACUGAAAAGAGUGAUGUUUAUAGCUUUGGAGUUGUGCUUGCUGAGUUGUUGACUGGAAAGAAGCCGUUGUGUAUGGACCGAAUUGAAGAUGAACGAAAUUUAGCAACUUAUUUCAUUAUGUCACUAAAAGGGGACCGUUUGUUUCAGAUUCUUGAACCUAGAGUUGUAAGGGAAGGUACACUAGAGCAGCUACAACAAAUUGGAGAGCUUGUGAAAAGAUGCCUUAAUCUCACGGGCGAUGAGCGACCAACAAUGAAAGAAGUGGCGACUAAACUUGAAGGAUUACGCAAGUUUACUCAACAUCCAUGGGCGAGUCAACAUGGUGAUGAUGAAGAGAAUGCAAACUUGUUAAACGUGGAGAACCAAGAAACUGACCUUUACGAUGAACCAAUAAACCAACAUUCAGGUAUAGGGGAUAUCUCUUCUGGUUUCAGCAUCAACACUGGUCUUGUGUAUCCUUCAAAUAUUCUCCGAUGACAUAAUUCAUCAUGGAAAUGGACGUGAUGGCUCAGUAGAUGGAGGUCUA